AUGAUAAACCUACUCAUUUUAGGUUUGAUUGAAGUGAUAAUCUGUUAAAAUAGAUUUUAUUAUCAUGAUCCAAGUAAUGAUAUUACAAAGCCAAGAACUCAUGCUAAGAUUUCUGAUAGCGGUAAAUGAGUUUAUUAAUAAAUUGUAGAUACUCAUUUUGAUUUUUACUUUGAGUUUAGUGAAGAUAAGAAAGAAGUGAUAAUGUUCAUAGAGAUUGAUAAGAUAAGUUAUUUUUCUUUAGGACUUGGAAAAUCUAUGUCAGAUGCAGAUUUAUGGGUAUUUGAAGUUUACGAUAAUGUGAUAACUGUAAAUGAUUCUUAUUGUGUUAAACAUGGAAGACCUCCAACUGAUAUUUCAUCAGGAGGAACUGAUGAUUUGUAACUUCUGGGUUACUACUAUAAUUAGAAUGGUAAAACAGGUGUAAAAUUCAAGAGAUUAGUAAAAACAGGUAUUAAAAUAGAUUUUAAAUAACUAGGUGAUCAAUAUGAUAAAGAUUUAAUAGAGGGAGAAGCAGUUGAUUUUAUAUGGGCUCAUGGUAAGACUGAGGCUAAUAUUACAGUAUCAAAUCAUGGGAAUGUGAAUAGAGGAUCAGUAAUAUUAAAUUUCACUGAUGAUGGAGGAAGUAAUGACGUUAUUAUAGUGGAUGGAGACAAUACAUAUUAUAUUCAUAAAUGGACAAAUUUUGUUUGUUGGGGUAUUGCUAGUGAUGUUGCUAUAAUAAUUGGAAGAUAUUACAAGACUUGGGGAUAUAGAACAUAUUUACAUGGAUUUUUAUUUAUCUUAAUAGUGACAAGUUCAAUUACAACAGCUAUGAUGAUGUUAAGUACAGAUUGGAGUGUUUUAGAAUGGAGUAAUUUUAAAGAAUAAUCAGUUAAAAAUCAAUUCCAUAUAAUCAUAUUUAUGAUAGUAGCAAUAUUUAUGAUAGCAUAAAGUAUAGGGGGAAUUCUCUAUAAUUAUAUGUUAACUUCAUUAAAGAUUAAUCAAAAAGUAUCAGUAAAACCUUCAAUUCAUGCUAUUCUAGGCAGUAUUGUAUAUACAUUAGGCAAAUUAUAAAUAAUAGCAGGACUAUUUAUGGAUAAUGAUAUUAGAUUAAUGUUGAUCUUGGGAGCUGUUUUAACUACUCGUCUCAUAUUGGAAGUUCUAUAUUAAAAGGGUAGUUUGGUUAAUGUAGUUAUGACUGGAAAAGAGUCUAAUUCUAAGAAAGUUUAUAAUGAUGGUUAAAAUCCAUUAUUGGAUAUAAAUAAUAGUCAAUAAGAUGAAGGUUUUGAAAAGAAAUCAUCAAAGUUAUGGUGUAUAUAUAAAAAUUAAGUUGUUGAUUUAUCAUAAAUGAUUCAUCCAGGUGGCAAUUAUAUUUGGAAACUUAUUUAAGGUCAAGAUGUUACUAGAUAUAUAAUAGGAGCUUAUACACUUGAUUAACUCAAAAUCAAAGUUUAUUAACAUAGCAUAUACACUCUCAAAAUAUUAGAAAAAUAUACUACUGGAAUUUAUGUUAAUUAAGAUCUAGAAUUCUUUAUUAAUUAAUCAAAUCGUAGAGUAGUCAAAUAAUUAAAGGAAACAUGGAAAUUGAAUACUAUUCAUCCAUACACUGACUAAAUUGCUUAUUUUGGAUUUGUUCAUGAUAAGUAUCAAUUCAAAAAUACUUUAUCUGGUUUAUAAACUUUUGGUUAAUACUUUGUUAUUAAAUCAAUUGAAGAUAAUGACAUUUCUACUAGAUAAUAUACUAUGGUAUAGAGUAUGACAUCUCAAAGGGUUAAAUUUAGAAAGGAUCUUUCUGAUCUCUUUAAAAAAAUACUUUCUUUGUAAACUAUACAAAAGGAAAUUCCAAAAGAAGAAGAAUACUUAUCUGAAUUACCUUUAAUAAUUAAGAGGUAUUAAUCUAAAAAUGGAUUUUCAUCUUUUAUUCAUGAAGACAAUCGUAAUGGAGAGUAUCUAAUAGAAGGACCUUAUGGAAAUAAUAUUACAAUAGAAAAUGGUAAUCAUUUAGUUUUCAUUGCUGGUGGUACUGGAUUGUUUCCUUUCUUAGAUAUAUUAGAGUAUUAACUUAAAUUGACUUAUCAUAAAAUAUUAUUGAAACAAUUUGGUUAAGAGGCUGCUUAAAUAAUAAAUACAGGAUAAAUUAAGAAUUUCAAGAUCACUUUAUUUUUAGCUGUUAAUUCAUUAGAUGAUUUGGUAUUUAUUAUAUAUAUAUUAUUAUUAGAUUGGUAAAGAAAUCUAUUUUACUUUGUUAUCAUUAUAAUCUUAAUUGGAUAUACCAAAUUUCAAAAUGGUUGUAAAAGGAAAUUUUAAAUUAAAAGAAUGUGAUAUAAUCACCUAAAGAUUUAAUGCACAAAUAUUUAAAUCAUAUAUAGGUGAUUUAAAUACUGUAUCUAAUUACUUUAUUUGUGGACCACCAACUAUGAAUUCAGCAACAGAAAAGAUCUUAAAAGAUAUUGAAGUAAAUAACAUAAUUGUUCUUUGA